AUGUUGUCUUCGACCGAUUCUCGCGACACUAAGCGUGAACUAAGUCCGGAUCUUGAUACGCCGGCAGAGCCUCUCCCGAAGCAACAGAAGAGAUCCCUUGAGGCGCAAGAAACUAAAGCAACGAUCUCGUCUUCGACUAAUAUCCUCGACAUCAAGCGUGGACCUAUCCCGGACUUUAAUGAGCCAGCAAAUACUGUCCAGGUCCAGACACAACAAAUAGGGUCUCAGAAGAUACAAGAACGUGACACAGCCAUUGUCCGACCUGCUCUGACAAUACAGUGUUCCCAACCUGCCCAGUCAGUCAACAAGAUUGGAAAACAACCGGCUACUGAUCAACACCAAACCACCACCGUGCAGAAGCAAGGCUCGCACAUCAAACAGGGGGAAGAAACCCAAGACAAGUCAGAGUCAAGCGACCAUCCAGGGACGACAAUGACGGGGACUACUCCGACCACUCUUCCCGUUCUGUCCCAUUCUAGUGCUGCAGCCACGGCCGGGUCUUUAUCCGAUGAGGCUAUAGCGACGCUUCCGGUUUUAUCUAAUGAUCCAUCAACUUUCCCACCAUCACCCAUGAUUCUAGCGACUUGCCGAGUUACCUUCACUCCACGGCGGGCCAUCAACCUGGUACGCAGUGCUUCAAACCUGCCACGACUUCUCCAUUCAGACCAUUCAGCAAGAAUCAAUUCAGUGAUAGCCCAUCUGCCCGCCGAUAACUCGUAUUUCGCAAACGUUCUGAGUGCCGCCGACUUUGCGUCUGUCGCUCCACAUCACUGGCAUUUGAUCGCUCCUCGACUAAAUGGUGUGUUGAACCCUCACAUCAAUUAUUACCAUGUCCAUGGCCGUGUUCCAGGGGACGAUACGCAGGUCCGGCGGCGCGCUACUGUACUAGGUCUAUUUAUUCCUCAACUUGACAGCAGCCUGACCGUCAAUCCGUAUCCAUGGAUUCAGGCAGAAGGUCCCGCAAGCGCGACUUCCUUCAUUGGUUUGAUCCGAGAAUACUUCCGCGCCCAACUCUUCUACUUUUACCAAAUUCGGACGCUACGCAAUGAACAUGACCGGCAAUUCGCCACUACAUGGUGGUGGCGCCACGCGCCGGCGCGCGUAAGUACAAUCGCUGUCACUCUACCGACCAGUAGUGCAGAGUUCGAGCGCUACGUCUGGACCUUGAGGGCACAGAUCAGAGAUCUGGCCGAGUCUGGAUGCCCGGAUCCAAGUUGGGUCGUUCCUCGGGUGUUUCGGGGGACAUUUCGUGGACUGGAUUGGUGGUCGCUGAACUGA